UUCAGUAAGACAUUGGAAGUUAUAGAAAUGAAGUUUGUUCUGAUCACUAUUUUUGCUUUUGCUUGCUUUGCUGUUGAGGCUGUAACAUCUGAAGACGAUACAGCUUUAACUCAUGCAGCUAUAGAAAAAUGUAAAGGACCAGCAGGUGUUACCGCUGAGGAGAUAGAACAACUUAAAACUGAAAAGUUUCAUGAUGGAGGUGCUGAUAAACACAUCAUGUGCUUUGUCAAAUGUGUACUGGAAGAAUUUGAUGCCCUGGAUGGUGAUGUAUUGAAGGAAGGUGUUUUCCUAGACUAUUUCGAACCACAUUUGGGUCGACCAAAGGCUAAGGAAUAUUAUGAUUUAUGCAGUGGAGAAACUGGUGAUGAGGAAUGUGAGACACCAUUUAAAAUAAUCAUGUGCUUGGGCAAAAGUGAUGAUAUUUUCAAAAUUUAAAAAAAUGUAUUAUGUAUAAUUGAAGUUUAGAACAAUUUGUUCCUAUUUAACAAUAUUAUUUGAUUAAAAUUAUGUUUCUU